AUGGCUGAUCAGUCGGUAGACGGCCUUAUUGCGAGGCUUGCCUACAUCGCCCCUCAAGCACCCGGCUUGUGGGCAAACGAGUUGAGCGACUUGAGCGCGAGACUCACUCAUGCCAUUCGCAGUGAGCGCGCAAACGACCCGUACAGGACUCAUCAUCAACCACCGAUCACCCGCCAACCACCGUUCGCAGUCGUCGUCACAAACAUACCGGUGAGAAUCAAGGCCGAAGAAGUCGAGGGUUUCCUGAGCCAUUUCGGCGCCGUGGUGAAUUGUCGGCUGUGGGGGCAACAGCCCAACUUCAUGGCAGAAGUUGUCUUCUUGAAGCAGGAGGCGGCGGAGAAGGUUAUCCAUGCGUCCUGGCAGGCUUUGAGUCAUGAGUACAGACUACUGCAGGCGUGGUGGAAGCCACAGACUCUUGAUUCGAAUGCCUCUGGCUUCUCGUUCCAUAGUGGUCCGCUCACGGCUCCUCUCGCUUCGCCACAAGAGAGCGCACCUGCUCGGCAGCCUGCACCCGCGAUCGCCUUCAUACAAGUGCCGCGUGGACAGAACUGGCAAUUCCAUGGCCGCCAGCAACUGACUAUCAUCAAACAUGGCGAUCCGACUUUUCCACGGUUCAAUUUUGAACCACAACAGAUGUAUCCGCCUCAUGCGAUGUACCCACAUCAUCCUACGCACCCGCCUCACCCUACGUACCAGGCCCCUUCGAUUCAUACGGCGCCGUAUCCACCUUCAGCUCCCUCAACGCAGGCCACUUUGCCAGCUUUUUCCCAAGCAAAGAGCACCCUGCCAAAAAGCACACAGCCAAGCCAUCUUAAAAAGAACAAGGUGCCGAAGGAUCAAGGAUUGUCGAAUGUCCAGCCCAAGGUGAACACGUCGGAAGAGCAAGGCGAGGAAUUGAAGAAAUCGCCACCUUCAAGUCGCUCUGAGAGACCACCGGACAGCUGCGAUGAAGCGCACGGCGGAAAGAAGAGAAAGGCCGUGAAGAUGGAGGAUAGUUCAGCCACGACUGGUAUUGAGGAGGAAGUCUCGCCAGACAUGGCAGUGUCGAGAGGGGAUGGAGGCAUGAAACUCAGACGGUCGGCUAGGAAGGCCAUCAAGCCGGAUCCAGGUGCAGAAGUAGGUUUGAAGGAAGAGGACGUGGAGCAGACUCUCAUCAAGAAAGAGAUCAUGGACGAGUAG